AUGUGCCCCAAUAAGGAAUGGUUCUGGGAUAUGAAGGAAUGUGAGGGUUCUGUUCCACUGGGCAACAACAACACUUGCAAGAUCAGAGGAGUUGGUAAUGUUAAGCUCAGGCUGAAUGAUGGCUCUGUCAAGGUAUUAUCUGAGGUGAGGUUUAUACCAGAGGUCAAGAGGAACCUAAUCUCUCUAGGAACUCUUGAAAGAAGAGGUUAUCUGUUCAUUUCAGAGAAAGGAGAGAUGAAGAUCUGCAAAAACUCGCAGGUCAAAAUGAUGGCUAGAAGAAAGGGCAGCCUGUACUAUCCGCAGGCUGAAAUGCUCACUGGAGAAUCUCAUGCUAGCAUCAAAUCUGAUCUCAGGUGCUGGCAUCUCAGAUUAGGUCAUCCUGCUAAAGGAACUUUGAAAGCAUUGAUCCAGAAGGGAGCUAUUGAUAGUAGUUCAGAAGAUAAGCUUGGACCAUGUGAAGAUUGCUUGCUUGGAAAAGCCAAGAAACUCGGUUUUCCAGCAGGUAAACAUACAUCAACUUCACCUCUUGACUAUGCACACUCGGAUCUAUGGGGGCUGCACCUGUUAAAAGCCUGGGUGGAGGAAAAUAUUACAUGUCUAUUAUAGAUGACUAUAGUAGAAAAGUGUGGAUAUAUGUAUUGAGGGAG